UCUUAUCUUUCACUUUUAAGGACUUCUCUCUGAUUCUUUCCAAUGGUGACCGAACCUUUCCUUCAUAAACACUUCCUCUGCUAUGAUUUUUACAAAAAACAAGAGGCAUGUUGUUAUAAAUGCAGUCAGCAAAUUGAUGGUCGGGCCUAUUCUUGUGAAAACUGCAAGUUUUGGUUGCACAAAUCAUGUGCGGAACAAGAGCUGCCUCCUCAGCUUUCACACCCUCUCCACCCCCAACACCAUCUGACUCUAUUCUGUGAUGAUUCUGAGAAAUUCGUUUGUGAUCAAUGUUUCUACAUUUCUGGAGGCUAUAGUUACAGUUGCAAAGGUUGCUCCUUCAAUCUUGAUUUAAACUGUGCUUCUUCAAGUAAAGGUCAGCUCCACCAGGAAGAUUAUGGCCAGAGAUCUAAAAUUGGGCAGAGAAAAAGAAUUCACCAUUUCAGCCAUGAGCAUCCUCUAGACCUUUUCAACUAUAGGAAGAUUGGGAAAAUUGAGAUCAGUUGCUCUUGGUGUGAAAAGACUCUAUCUGCAGGUUCAGGUAUGUCAUGGGGUUGUCUUGAACUGUGCAAGAAUGCUACCUUUUUCCACCAAUCUUGUUUUAGGAAGAUACCCAAAAGAGUGCAGCACCCUUUCCAUCCAUCACACUCACUUGGCUUGCAAUAUAAGAAUUAUUCUUCCACUUGCAAUGCUUGUAAAGGUGAACUCGAGGAUUAUCCUUGUCAAAACUAUUAUUGCAACAAGUGCAACUUCUGGCUUCAUGUUUUUUGCAUUAGACUCCUACCUACUCUGAAACAUAACUGCCAUGAGCAUGACCUUACAUAUUUUAUAGUGACAAAUAAGGAAGAUUUCAAGUGUAAUCUCUGUGAUGGGAAUUGCAAUGCCGCAGCCGAAUGGAGUAUUCUGAACCCCUUUAGUUGGUUUUAUGGGAAAAGUGAUUGUGCUUUCUACCGCUGUGUGCAAUGUGAUUUGAACUUCCAUCUCAAUUGUAUUCCAAUACCAAGAACCACUAAACAUCGAUAUCAUAGACAUUCUCUUAUCCUUAAGGAUUCAUUUAAAGAAGAUGAUUCUGGAGAGUAUUACUGUGAUAUCUGCGAAGAAGAAAGAAAUUCAGAAAAUCAUGUAUAUUGUUGUGAAAAAUGCACAUAUAUUGCUCAUAUUGAAUGUGCUAUAAAUGAGGGAAAUUCAAAAGAACUGUUGCCCCGGAGGCAUCAGUUUAUAGAUAUGAAACUUGAUCUUGGGAACACCUCUGGCAUGGCUGUGGAACAGGAAGAGAUGGAACAAGUUGAAACUAGGCAAAGCCAUAUAGAAUAUCCUGCCCUUUCUGAGCCAGCUGAAACAAAUGGUAGCAUCCAUAAUGGCCAAUUUAAGAGGCAAAUUCAACAUUUCAGCCACCAUCAUCCUCUAAGCUUUCUCGAGAUAAUUGAAAAGCAUGAAAUUCCUUGCUGUGAUGCUUGCAAGAUGGGAAUUCUAGGUCCAGCCUAUGUUUGUGAGUCUGACGAAUAUUACCUGCACCAAACAUGUGCUGAAUUGUUCCAGGACGUGCAACACCCUCUUCACUCCCAGCAUCCUCUCAAGCUUCUUACUACAUGUCCUACUGAUCAGGGGAGAUUUAUAUGUGAUGAAUGUGGAGACAUUUCAAAAGGCUUUGUUUACUUCUGUUGGGAGUGUGAAUUCAAGCUUGACCUAAAAUGUGCUGCUCUGACUACCUCUCAAAAUGAGGGCCAACGGCUAAAACAGACAAAAGGAUACUCCAAGAAGUCUCAUUUCAGCCAUGAGCAUAUGCUAGUCUUUACAAAUUGCAGGCCAUACUUUAAAAAGUUCCAUUGCAAUGGCUGCAACCUACCUAUCGUAGGUGCAGCCUAUUGCUGCCUUGCUUGUUCUUAUAUUCUUCAUGAAUCUUGUCUUGCAUUACCACAGCAGAUGAAAUUUCAAUUUCAUCCGGAACACCCUUUGGUUGCCAAAUUAACCCAGUUCUUUGAGAUUUUUAAUCGUUGUCAUGCCUGUGGAACAGGAUUCAGGUGGACUAACAUUAGGUAUAGUUGCUCUGAGUGUUCCCUAGACCUCCAUUUUUCAUGUGCUAAUUCCCUGAAGUGGCCCCUAAAACACAAGUCCCACAUACAUAAUCUUUACUAUUUUGGGACAGAAAGUCAGAAGCUCUUUGAAAAUGAGAACAUUAGCUUUUCAUGUAAUACAUGUAGCAAAACCUGUGUAGGGCCUUCCUACCGUUGUUUGGAGUGUGCUAUCAAUUUUCAUUUGGAAUGUAUACCAAUACCUCAACGUGUUAAAUCUGAUUGUCAUAUCCAUCCCUUCACUCUUGUCGAUUCGUUUGUAGAAGAUGAUUCAGGAGAAUAUUAUUGUGAUGUUUGUGAAGAAGAAAAGCAUUCGAAGGAUCAUAUAUAUUUCUGUGAAGAAUGUAAUGGAUUGUUUGUUGCUCACAUAGAAUGCGCACUUGCUAAGGUGGAGGAAGCUGCACGAGAAAUAGAGGCCUGUUCAACUAAGGAGCCAGACCUGAAGAAGACCUCUAUCCAGGUAGAGAGCAAGACAUCCCCAGGGAGAGCAACAGAGGAAAUGGAAUCAAGAGAAGAACAUAGUUAGACAGGGCUGGAUAAAUCUUAAGUCUAUCUUCCAUGGAGGAACUAUCAACACUGAAGAAAAAAGAUUGCAUAAUUUCAAGCUAAUAUAAAUGAUCAUUUUCCAUCUGAUUUUAGUUCAUACCUUAAUCAAACAACAUAGUUACCCUUUCCUUCUCUCUAUUUAAGAAAUCCAAAGGGAUCCUUAUCCUCUCCUCCCACCUCUCUUUCUCUAUUUCAAUUUCUUUUUCUUGCUUUCCUCCACACAUACGUAGUGAACAAACCUAGGGUAAGAGAGAAGUCAAUUUUUCUCUUUAUCCUUUAAUCUAGGCAAGCGGGACAUGUUUUGAUCAUCAAGGCCUCCAAACACAGAUCACUGAAUUGUUUAACGUUUCUAA